AUGGCCGAUCCAGAUGCCAUAUACGAGCUGGCGCAACGCAUAGAGUCCAACAUUGAAGUCGACAAGAGAGUAGCUGCGCUCCACUCGUUACAGUCUCUGCUAGAGUCAGCCGGCCAUGUGGUCGAAGCAGACGCCGUCACCUCGGCAGUCAAAGUGGCACUCAGGCAUGCCAAUCAGGCACUUAGCACCGCCUCACUUUCCUUCAUUCCCACGUAUGCCUCCAUGAUCUAUUCCGGCGAUGCAACAGAUUCUCAUUCGCUCCUCAACCACAAUGUCCGCAUGCUCGUCAACUCGGUUGGCUUGCUCGUCAUCGACAAACUCGGCGAUCAGAAAGAACGCAUCAGGGAAGCGGCCCGCACUGCGCUCAUUGAACUCGGUAAUGCUGCCUAUGCCAUCAGCUCGGGUCAUCUAACCACCUCGGGCAAGGGCAAAGAGACAGAGACACCGCUCGGCAUCUUCGAACGCACGCUACGAGAGGCAGGUCUCGCCGCCAAAUUUGCAAGAGUUCGAGAGCAGUCCGUGUUGCUGCUACCUAUCCUGCGGCAGAGCUGCGAAAAGUACCCCAUCAGGCCUCUCCUUUCCACCACCGUUGAGCUGCUCUUGGACGCCGAUGCUACGGUUAGAGAAGGCGCUCGCUCAACUUUGAUAACGCUGUUUAGUAGUGCAACGCCAGCCGCAAAAGCAGAUUUGAAGAAAGAGCUCGAGAAGCGAGCCGUCCGCAAGCAGACAGCAGACGCCAUUCUUCGUGAGGUUCUUGGCGCACCAUCCGCAGCAACCUCGGCGCCCGUGCUCAGUCCACCAGCACCAACAACCUUUGCCCCAACUACACGCAGCCAAUUCAACUCGUCUCAUGGCGCUGAUGCCUCCAUACCGACCUCGUACAUGAAGUCUGCGCCCGCUGCAGGCACCACUUUCCCAUCCAUGCCGUCCGCAUCCGCCACCGCUGCAGCUGACGGCAUUCGUCCGGUAUACAUCGCCUCCCGAUCCGACUUGGAACGCACGUUCACUACCAUGAUGCCAUUCUUCGAAAAUAAAGAGUCAGAACAUAACUGGCUCAACCGAGAGCAGUCCAUGAUUAAGAUCCGCGGUCUCCUAGUUUCGGGUGCUCACCGUCAGUUUGGCGAGACCCUUUUUGUGGCUCAGCUCAAAGCUGUCCAAGAGGGGAUCCUCAAGUGUAUCUCAAGUUUGCGAACAACUUUGUCGAUGCAUGCGAUUCAUCUUGUGCAAGAGCUAGCGAUGGAGCUCGGUGACGACCUGGCCCCCUGCGUCGAAGCCUUCCUGAUACAUCUCGUCGGUAUGGCUGGCUUCACCAAGAAGCUCAUUGCCAACGCAACACAGGAAGCUGCAGCAGCCAUCAUGGUCAACGUCAGCUUCCGCCCACUCUACCUGCAACUGAUCUGGCAAGCUUUCCAGGAAAAAAACGUCGCCACUCGUACCGCUGCCGCCGAACAUCUUUGCACUGUUCUUAAUACGCAUGCUGCGCAUCGCAAGCAUGCUGUCGAGUCGCAUGGUGGCUUGGACUUGCUCGAAAAAUGUAUGAGAAAGGGCGUCGGUGACUCAAAUCCUGCCGCCAGGACCAAGAGCAGGGAAGCUUUUUGGAUUUUUCACAGACACUGGGCAGCUCAGGCAAAUGCCCUCUUGAACUCGCUAGAUCCAGCCAUCAGGAAGCAGGUGGCUGCCUUGGCGCCGUCCGACGUAGAGACUGAUACAAUUGUCGAACAGCAGCCCAAGGCUGACGGUGGACCAGUGAGAGUCAGACCUGGUGGGGCUUCCAUGGCACUAAUCCAAGCCAAAAAGGCUGCAGCACUCAAAGCGGCGCAGGAAAGGGAUCGCAAGAAAGCUGAAGAUGCUGCGGCUGCACACGAAGCUCGUGUCGCAGCUGCUCGAGCUGCGUUAGCUGAGCAGCAGCAGCAGCAGCAGCAGGUCCAGAAGCAUCUGGAGCAACAGGCAUCGGUGGAAGACUUUGUCACUCCUGUUGCUGCAAACAACAAGAAAGGCACAGGGUUCAUGCCAAUCAAGAACCGCAGCCUACAUCAUCCAGGGGGUCAAGGCGCAGGCGCAGCAAACCUUAAACCGGCGACCGAGCUGACGGUAGUGAUCAGCCCGACGGCACAUCAGCGCAUCCAGACGGCUAUCUCGGUCCCCCUGCCCACAAGUCCAACCCCGGCUGUUACACCUAAUGCUAGGAUCAAGAGUAAAAAUCUGUCGCAAACUAGCUGGGAAACGCCUCCACACCCUCGUUCGCCUGGUCUGAGUCCGGUUUCGGCUCGCAGUCGCGCGAUAUCUUCGUCGUCAUACUCAUCGCAAGGUUCAUCGAGUUCGGCUCGCAUGCAAGGGGCUGCGAGCACUCCUCGAUCGAAUCGUGCGCCACCGGUAACGCACAGCACGCUGAAAGCCGACCUGGAGAACCUCAGCAUCGACGGCAUCGACGGAAUUGACGAUGGAGAAGUGACCGCUGACGCAACACAGCAAGCUCGGUUUGCUACGAGCUCGCGAGACAACGGCACGGGAGAAGACGAUACAUUGCAGAUGAACGCUCCGGAAGACGCAUCAAUGGAUUUGAUGGGCAUGGACUUCAAUUCGCCCUUCAAGAUGCCCGCUUCUGGUGGACGAGCUGUCAAGACGCAAUCGGUGCUUUUGGAACGACAGAAUGCGCUUGAUGCGUUGCAGCAGACACCACAGCCAAAGUCGCAUCGGACUAUCUCGACGUCGAGUACAUCGAGUACAAAUUCGUCCACGACUCCGGCGAGUGCCUCUGUUCGUCGAUCCGGGUUGCCGAGGCCUGUGUCAACGAUGCAUUCGCCAUCGCCAUCGGCAUCGGCGUCGCAUAUCAGCGCGGGACACAUACACGCCCCAACGACGAGCCAUCGUGUAUUGUCAUCGACUCCGUCUCGUCGCGCGCCGACAAACGGCGUCAGCACAGCACUCGAGAAUCGAGCAAAGCGGCUCGAUGCUCAAGCGUCGACAGCGUCGGCCUCACCGGCAAAAGCUAAACCAGAAGUCUGGACGUGGAUUCAAGCGCUGAUGGACGGCACGGCGGAUCUUCGCACGUUCCGAAGAUUGGCGCGCCUAUCCAGUGAGUUUGGCAUCUCUGCGACCAAGGCAGCAGACGAGCGCACGGAGCAAGACGACGAAAUGGUGCUUGAACGGGGACCGUUUAGCAACGUGGCUUGGGCGACCAAGUCGGACGGAGCGUUUUCGAGUGGAUUGCAAGCAUGGCUCGAAGGCGGGCUUUUCGGCAAGCUUUUCGAUGGUUUGAAGCGGUAUCUUUGCGUCGGCGAUGGGGGAGGCAGUGGGGAACUGCAGAUGAGUGCGCAGGUGGUACUGCUUCGAUUAGUCGAAAACCAAUUCAGCCUGUUUGGCGCGACAGAUCGAGAGGGUGAGCUGUUGGAUGUGGUGUUGCAAUCCAUCACGCUGCUCUGUGGUACUCGCACGUCGUGCGUGGCGUCUUCGUCGAUCGUAGCGGGUAGAGCGGCUCUGCAAGGAUUUGAAUCCAUCCUUGGCGCAUGGUCGGGACGCUGCGAUCCGGUCCUCGGAUUCGACGCUCUGCUCUCUCGAUCGCUGUCAGACGCGUCGACGGUAGCCGUCCUCCGCUCAGGUUUCACUCCGCUCCUUGUGCGUCUGCCUGCGCAACUCGUGCUCGAAGAUUUCCUCCCGCGUCUAGCUCCGCUGCUGACCUCUACUCUCCACCAUGCCAGUCCAGAAAAACGCUUAACCGCAGUUACCGUGUUGAGGCAUUUGAACGACAUGGUUCGCAUCGACGCGCAAGACAGUCACACAAGGAUCUUUGACGCUCUUGGCCUGACUAUCCGUGACGACGACGACCAGGCCGAGCUCAAGAGCAAGCGCGCGCUGCUAGACGUGCUCAUGUAUUACUUUUCGAAAAACUAA